UGCCUAAACUACCCCCACUCCAACACCCCAACGUUCAUAAAAGCAAGGGCAAUUUCGUCUUUUUCUCUUUGUGCGGAUCCAAAGAGAAUAUUCUCUCUAUUAUCCGAAUAUGCCUCCUCUUUUCAAGGUCAGAAUUAAUUUCAAAACUCUAUUGCAUUUAUUGCAAUAUAAAAGCUUUCUUUCCUUUUUCAAAACCCUAGAAACACUCUUAUCUCUUCAAACAAAAACCCAGCCGGCCCUAUUUCUUCUUUUCCUAUUUUCUUUGCUUAGAAAACCCUAGCAGCUGAACACUUCAUUCUUCAAACAUGGCAGCCGAACCCAUCAUCUUCUCUCCUUCUUCUCUUGUCUUUGAAAUGACAAAGCUUUCUUUUUCUCCUCUUUUCUUGCUGCGAACAGCAGCUCUUCAAUGGCAGAAAAUACAGCUGCAAGUUCUCCUUCUUCUUCCUUUCUCCUUCUCUUCAAGCUCCGGCUUUUGCUUUCUAUGGCUGAAACCUUGUACCCCCUUUAAACCUGCAACACACAUAAAACCGAGAGAGAGAAAACAGUAGCAAUAAAGAUCUAAAAUGAUCUUUGUUUGAUUAGAAGAUAGAAACCGAAAAAUUACUACAGAAAAUAAAAGAGAGCACAACAAAAUUUGAUCUCGGAGUUCCCCUUGAAAUCAAGAGUACAUCUCCGUCAAGCUUCCCUCAAAGACGCUUGAUUCUUCACUGUGAUGUCAAAACCGGUUACAAGUUCAUGGAGAUUCCAUGCUACAAAUCACAGCAGGUAAUCUCUAUUCUUUCUCUCUUUUCUUCACUUUAUUUUUCUGAUUUACAUAACAAUAUCUCUCACUAACUCUCUCUAUUUUCUCUCUUGUUUCUGAGGUGUGUUUCAAGAGAAAAAUCACAGCUGCUCCUUUAUUUCUCUGCUGGCCGAAAAUGUGAUGAUGUACAAAGUGGAAGGUGUUGUUAAAUCUUCUUGCUUCCCCGAGCUCUGAUACCACUGUAGGAAAUAGCUGGCAGCCGAAAUGCCUAAACUACCCCCACUCCAACACCCCAACGUUCAUAAAAGCAAGGGCAAUUUCGUCUUUUUCUCUUUGUGCGGAUCCAAAGAGAAUAUUCUCUCUAUUAUCCGAAUAUGCCUCCUCUUUUCAAGGUCAGAAUUAAUUUCAAAACUCUAUUGCAUUUAUUGCAAUAUAAAAGCUUUCUUUCCUUUUUCAAAACCCUAGAAACACUCUUAUCUCUUCAAACAAAAACCCAGCCGGCCCUAUUUCUUCUUUUCCUAUUUUCUUUGCUUAGAAAACCCUAGCAGCUGAACACUUCAUUCUUCAAACAUGGCAGCCGAACCCAUCAUCUUCUCUCCUUCUUCUCUUGUCUUUGAAAUGACAAAGCUUUCUUUUUCUCCUCCUUUCUUGCUGCGAACAGCAGCUCUUCAAUGGCAGAAAAUACAGCUGCAAGUUCUCCUUCUUCUUCCUUUCUCCUUCUCUUCAAGCUCCGGCUUUUGCUUUCUAUGGCUGAAACCUUGUACCCCCUUUAAACCUGCAACACACAUAAAACCGAGAGAGAGAAAACAGUAGCAAUAAAGAUCUAAAAUGAUCUUUGUUUGAUUAGAAGAUAGAAACCGAAAAAUUACUACAGAAAAUAAAAGAGAGCACAACAAAAUUUGAUCUCGGAGUUCCCCUUGAAAUCAAGAGUACAUCUCCGUCAAGCUUCCCUCAAAGACGCUUGAUUCUUCACUGUGAUGUCAAAACCGGUUACAAGUUCAUGGAGAUUCCAUGCUACAAAUCACAGCAGGUGUGUUUCAAGAGAAAAAUCACAGCUGCUCCUUUAUUUCUCUGCUGGCCGAAAAUGUGAUGAUGUACAAAGUGGAAGAGUAAUAGGAGAUGUUUUGGAUCCUUUUACAAGAUCAGUCCCUAUGAGAGUGUAUUAUGGUAACAGAGAGGUCAACAAUGGCUAUGAGUUCAAACCUUCUCAACUUCUCAACCAACCUCGUGUUCAUAUUGGUGGUCAAGAUCUUAGGACCUUCUACACUUUGCUUAUGGUGGAUCCGGAUGCUCCUAACCCUAGUGACCCCAAUCUAAGGGAGUAUUUGCAUUGGUUGGUGAUUGAUAUUCCAGGAAGUACAGGACCAAGUUUCGGAGAAGAGGUGGUGUGCUAUGAGAAUCCAAGGCCAAGUAUGGGAAUUCAUAGAUUUGUGUUUGUGUUGUUUAAACAAUUGGGAAGGCAGACAGUGUAUGCACCAGGAUGGCGUCAAAAUUUCAACACCUGCAGAGACUUUGCUGAGCUUUACAACCUUGGUGCCCCUGUUGCUGCUCUCUAUUUCAACUGCCAGAGGGAAACUGGCUCUGGUGGAAGGAGACCUUCCAACUAAUUAACUAAUCAAUUCAUUAUUAAUAACCUCACUACUAUUAUAUAUACAUAUAUAUAUUCAGAAUAAGCUACCUUUGCCAUGUAAUGUAACAGUGUGUGUGUGUGCAUGCUUUAUUAAUCUUUGUCUACAUAUUUAACAAUAAUAUUCAGCUUUCAAGUUCAA